UAUGGUACAUCAUAAGAUUGUUCUCUUCGCCCUGAUUUGUUUAGUUUCAGCAACUACAGUUACAAAGUAAGAUAUUGAUUAGUUAACUAAUAAAGUAAUUAAGGUGUAAUGGAUUCAUAUGUAAAUCCAGGACUGUAAUCUUCAAUAGAUGAAUUAACAUAAUCAAAGAUAGGACAUAUGGUUAUUGAUUUAGCUGAAGUUACUAUGAGAGUUACUGGAGCUGUAGAUUCAUUAGUAGAAGGAGUCAAAGCCUUUGGUCGUCAAAUUGAAGAAAGAUUGAAUUUAGAAAAUACACAAUGGGAAGUUGUUGAAAGUGAACAUAAUGCUAAAGUUAUUUCACUUAGUUCAUAAGCUAAUUAAGCUGAAUUUGAUAUUAAUAGAGAAAAGAAAGUAUUAAAUUCUGAAUUGAUUCCAAGACUUCAUGAAUUAGAUGAUGUAUUUAUUAUAAUCUUAAACAAAUUAAUAGAUCUUAUUAGGACUUAAAGCUAAAUAAACAGAUAAUGCAUAAUCAUUUAAAGAAGCUGAAGCUGCUAGAAAUUCAUAACAUGAUUCAUUUGUAUUAACAACAACUGAAUUUACAGAUGCAUUAAGAAAUAUUGAUGAAGCAUUAGAUUUAUUAACUGAUUUAUUUAAAAGUGGAGAAGUAAGAGCUGCAUUUAUUGAAAUUACAGAUGAAUAAAAACAUAAAGUUAAUAAAGCAUUAAGAUAAGUUAAAGCUAAUACUGAAAAUUUUGGUCAUUAAUAUUCUUCAUUUAUUUAAGCAUUAACUAAUUUAACUGAAGGAAUUAAUUUUAAAGAUAGAUAAGUUUUAAAGGAAAUGUGUGAUUUCUUAAAUAGUUUAAGAUUAAAUAUAUUUGAUGCUUUAACUAAAGCUUAUAAAGAUGAAGACAGUUAAAAAUAAUAAGAUGAAUUAAGAAGAUAAUAAUUAACAUCUGAAAAANGGGUUUCAUAUUAUAUAUAUUACUCUUAUAUACUCAAUAUUAUCAAUAAACUAUAAUUCAAAUUUUUACAUCUCCCCAAGAGAUUUUUUAUUUUUAUUCAAAUUAUACUCCUGAAUUUCACUUACUUCUAAUUGUACUCAAUUAUUAUACCUUAAUAACCCAUAAACUUCCAUUUUUAUAAACCUGAUUCCUAUCUAUCAUGA